UUACAAAGUGCCAUUGAUACAUUCUCUUUUAAAACAUAUAUAUUUGGAAGCUAGUUGAUUAAAGGAUUCUAAUGGUGUCACUUAUAUGUUUCUAGUAUAAAAACUCACAGAUUCAGAUUUGUGUUUGGAACAGUUUUUCAAAUCCCCAGGGGUGGAUUUAGACUCCAGAGGGUUAAAACGAAUGACUUGAGUUCUUUCUGCGCAACCUUCAAAGAAAAGCCCAAGUCUAACUCUUCCAAAGCUGAUUAAAACGAGCGUGCUUCGUUAGCCUCAUCCAUCUUUCGUUUUUCUCUAUGGUUGUGCAACACGGUCUCACACCCAACUCGUCGAACGAGGACGCAUGGACCAGCCCCCUGGCGUCAAUAUCGGAAGCCGAAGAGUUUGUGGCUCCAAGUGACCCUGUCCAUGGUUUAGUUGGUGAAGACCUGAUUCUGCCCUGUUCCCUCAAGAACAGUGUCAGUGCAGUGGACAUGGAGGUGAAGUGGACUAUUAAUGGAACUCAACUGGUGCAUCAUUACAGAAGACACAUGGACGUAACUGAUCAGCAGCUUCCAGCAUACAGUGGCAGGACGAGUCUGUUCAGAGAAGAGCUGCAGAGGGGCAACAUCUCACUAAAGCUCAGAUCAGUCAGACUCUCAGACACAAACACAUACAAGUGUUGUAUCACUGAGCGGACUGAUUGUACUUCUUCUAAAGUCCAAAUUCAUGGGUUUGGAAAUGAACCACAGAUAUCUGAUGUGAAUCAUAAUAAUGGCAGUGUCACUCUGGUGUGUGUCUCCACAAACUGGACAACUAAACCUGUAAUGGAGUGGAUGGACAGUGAAGGAAAUAUCCUUCAGCAUGCAGGGGACUACUACUCUGGUGACAACACACCCUUCUCUGUCCAGAGAAGUGUCACUGUGCAGAAGCAGCAUGGAUACAACUACACAUGUAGAGUCACAUUUGGGAACCAGAGAAAAGAGCAGCAGUUUCAAGUAAUAAGUUUUGAAGUCACGUCUGGAUGUGCGAUGCUGAUGAGCAGGACAGGGCUGUGCUACAGUGCCAUUCUUCUCAUCUACUGGAUCACCAAAUGCACUUAAGAUUCAACCACAUCUGCAUAGGCCAGACACAUCAGGGAAGGGGAGCUUGAGAAAUUCCAAUGAGCCCUAAAGAACUAAAGGACACAUGGAACCUUUGGAAUCAGUUUGCAAUUUUGCCAUACUUUAUUGCCAAUUCCUGACACCACAUAUUGUACAUUUAUAAACACCAAAUUGAAUAUAUGGCUGUACUUUAACAAUGAUAUACUGUAUAAUGUAUGUUCUCCAAACUCACAAUGUCCAAGCUUAAUGUUUCCUUUUAACUUUAACGCUUAGGCCUACAGCUGAACUAUCAAUUCUUCCACAUUUUAGAUGUAUUUCUGUGGAUGGAGUUUGGUAUGGUAUGUGACAAAUAUGACACAUAUUCAACAUAUGGGUGUGUUAUGCUUGCUGAAGUGAUUUCUAGAAACAGUGUUGAUAAUAAGUCGGGCGUGCACUGGUAUUGAAGUUUGCUGUACUCAUAAUAAACUGUGAUAAUGGAAAACUAAGUCUGCUGUUGAAUGUGAUGUGCACUAACAUGAGUGUGGCACACCACAAAUUGAUUACGAUUCAGUUGUUUUUGCUGCUGCAC